GUCAUCGUUUAAUUGUUAAAGUGGCAUUUUGUUCUUCAAAAACAAUUAAUUUAAUUCAUGUAAAAUUAAAAGUUAGGUUGGCUGAUGUGAAUUUGGAAGCGAAAAAAAAAAUCUUUCACCGCAAACAAGGCGAAAGAAAAUCGGGCAGUCACAUUCUCCGUUCCAAAAUUCAAAAAUAAAUUAAGGGAAAAAAAGACAAAAAGGAAAAGUUGGUAGUAAUCUCAAGGGAAAUUAUUCUAUUUUCCCGCUGUUUCGUCUUAAUUUCUUUUUCGUCAAACUUCAAUAAAUUCGUACAAGCUGACUGCAACCGAAAAGUCUAAUUUCUCUCUCUCUCUCUCUCUCGUCCACAGCAAGUUUCCCUCUCUAGAAAAUUGGCCUUUCCUUUGCGAGAACAGAAAAUUUUUCCUUUCGAAAAUUCUUAACUUGAGUGUUUCAAUUUGCUUCUUCCGAAAGUUUCUUCUUUUUUCUCUCUAGUUGAGAUCUUCCUUAUAUAUAUUUAUCAUAUUUUCAGUUGCUUUUUUCAAGUUUUUGCAGAUAAUAAAAACCCUACACUGAUGGCUGGCCGUUACGAUAGAAAUCCUUUUGAUGAAGAAGAAGAAGUUAAUCCUUUCGCUGAUCCAGCAGUGAGAGGGAAGGCAUCUGGCCAGUCUAAAUUUGGUGGAGGUCUAUUUUCAACGAAUACUCCAAGCGCUCCACCUCCAUCAAACUCAAGACUUUCACCACUACCUCCUGAACCUGCUGGUUUCAAUUAUGAUCAUGAGGCAACAAUUGACAUUCCUCUUGAUACAGCUUCAGGAGGAUCACAUUAUCAGGAUUUGAAGAAGAAGGAGAAGGAACUCCAGGCUAAGGAGGCUGAACUGAGAAGGAGGGAGCAGGAAGUGAGACGGAAAGAAGAGGCAGCAGCUAGAGCUGGAAUUAUGCUGGAAGAGAAAAAUUGGCCACCAUUUUUUCCGAUCAUUCAUCAUGAUAUUGCAAAUGACAUACCAAUUCAUCUACAAAGACUGCAGUAUGUUGCAUUUUCAACAUUUUUAGGAUUGGUUCUGUGCCUUCUAUGGAACAUCAUAGCUGUUACUACAGCAUGGAUCAAAGGGGAAGGUGUGAGGAUCUGGUUCUUGUCUAUCAUCUACUUCAUAGCAGGGGUCCCAGGAGCCUAUGUUUUGUGGUAUCGCCCACUGUAUCGUGCUUUUAGGAAAGAAAGUGCUUUGAGGUUUGGAUGGUUCUUCCUGUUUAAUUUGCUUCACAUCGGCUUUUGCAUCUUUGCUGCGGUGGCUCCCCCUAUAGUUUUUAGAGGGAAAUCACUGACUGGGAUCCUACCUGCAGUAGAUCUUAUUGGUGACAAUGCUUUGGUUGGGAUCUUCUACUUCAUUGGUUUUGGAUUAUUCUGUGUUGAAUCAGUUGUAAGCAUCUGGGUUAUCCAGCAAGUAUACAUGUAUUUCCGUGGCAGCGGCAACGCUGCUGAAUUGAAGCGUGAGGCUGCAAGAGGAGCAAUGAGGGCUGCCAUGUAAUGGCACAGGCUAGCAGCAACGAGAUAUACAGUAACCGCAUAUGUGGGUUCUGCUUAUAUGCGCUUUGACCGGGAAGGAGCAGAUAGAGCUUGUUAUUUCUCCCAUCCUGGCUUUUGAUGCACAUAUCUCUGUAACUUGUUCCGAGUGCUACUUUCUGUAAAGUUUUUUUCAGUCGGGAGUUUGAUUAGCAGACACCUUACACUAGACUUUAAAUGAUUUUCGUUUCUAUAACUAGAGGGAGAGUUUCAUUUUGCGAUUGGUUAAUGGUGUAAUAUCUAGUUAAGACCAUCAGUUCUAAGAUGAGAGAGAUGUAUAAUAUUACUGGUCUUGUAUCACUUUUCCUAUCAUAUACAUCU